UUAGUCAAAAUGUGUAUUCAGUUGCAUGGUCCCCUCAAUUUACUCCCUUGGGAAACCUGUCUGUUACAUCAUAAUUUUCCUAGCAUGCCUUCAGGCUGCUCCAAAAAUCUAGUCCAAAUCUCGACUUGUCAAGAAGAAAAGAACCUCCCUUUCUGCCGAUCUCCAAGACUCGUAGGACUCGAGCUCCACCUAACAACUGGAUCUCCGAAAGCAUCCCUAUUUUCUGUCGCCUAUAUGUCAGCUGCUAUAUGUUGUCGAAGAGCGAAAAACUAGCUGAAUGAGCCAUUCGAGACCCGAAAGACCCGAAUGACCCCCAAUUCUCAUCGCUGAGUCUGCUCAUUGCCCCCGACCCUGGACCCUUGACGGAUUAGCCGUGAAUUGAAUUGAUAUCAUCAUGUAUCACUGCGAGACGUUGGAGUCUCAUCACAAGGACUUGGUGCACGACGUGUCGUUCAAUUGGUACGGCAAUCGCCUGGCCACUUGCUCGUCCGACCAGAGCGUCAAGAUCUGGGAAUGGAACACGGAUCAGCAGAGUUGGGAUUGCUCCGCCUCCUGGAAGGCCCACUCGGGAUCCGUCUGGAAAGUCAACUGGGCCCACCCCGAAUUCGGCAAUCUCAUUGCCACGUGUUCGUUUGAUCGAACGGCCGCAGUCUGGGAGGAAAUGCCCGGAGAUUCGUUUCUACUCUCCGGCACGGGCGCCCCGCCCCCUUCGUCCCAUGGCAAUCCCAACUUACGCACCGAGGGCGACGCCCCCGCCCAAUCCCAUUGGGUCAAGAAGGUGACCAUGGUGGAUUCGCGAACCUCGGUCACGGACGUGAAAUUCGCUCCCAAGAUUUUGGGUUUGAUUCUGGCUACUUGCUCCGCCGACGGUACCCUCCGAAUUUACGAAGCCUCUGACGUGAUGAACCUAACCAACUGGACCCUUCAACACGAAAUCCAUACCAAAUUGCCCUCCAGUUGCAUUUGUUGGAACCAUGCCAUUGCCAAGUUCUUACCACCGGUGUUGGCUGUAGGUAGUGAUGAUGCCACCACCAAAGGGGGCAAGGUCUUCAUUUAUGAGUAUCACGAGCCAUCUCGCCGGUGGGAGAAUAUCGAGACCUUGACCUCAGUCAGUGAUCCGGUCCAUGAUAUGGCGUUUUCCCCUAACGUCGGGCGCAGCUUCAGUAUCCUCGGCAUUACCAGCAAGGAGCUCAAAAUAGUCACCCUCAAGCCCAAGAACCGGGACGCACUCCUGAGUGACAAUCCGAAUAUUAGCGAACGCACACCUUUUGAGUCAAAAUAUGAGGUGAAGCUGGCGGGGAGCUUCAAUGAUCACAAAUCCACCGUUUGGCGCAUCUGUUGGAACUUCACUGCCACCAUUUUAGCCACAUCCGGGGACGACGGAAAUGUCCGAUUGUGGAAAUGCAACUACAAGGAUAACUGGCAUUGUGUGGCCACUCUCAAAGGCGAUGGACAAAGCGCAUCCAUUCGCAACCAUCCCAAUAUGACGCUUCUCAAGGACCAAUCCUUCAACAACAGCGGAAUGGGCCUGAACAAGGCCAAUGCCAAUACCAAUGCCAAUGCCAGCUCCUUCACUUCUGGCAUGUGGAAAUAGAGCCGCACUUUAAAAGCAGAUCUCAAAUACCGCCAUUAUCAACACUUCAUGUCUUCAUUUGGACUUCGCUUAAAGGCUAUUUUUAUAUACUAACCAGAACAAACAACGACUUCGACGAUUAUUGUGAACAUGACGAUCAUCAAUAAAUCGGAACGCUUUGGAAAAA